AUGGGUGGAUUCGCCGCGUCCCAACUUGCUGUGCCGGCUGUGUGCACCCUAAUUGCUUUCCUUUCUUACACUUCCCAGUAUCUGUUCUACGAAAUAGAUCCGGGCCCCCUUUCCAAAUCUGAGUCCAUCAAAUUCAACGCCUUGGUCGUGUGCAUUUGGAUAUGCUAUGCAAGAGCGUGUGCGACCGAUCCCGGCAGCGUCCCCGCUGGCUGGAAGCCGGCUGUCUCCGAUGAGACAUCUGGAACCCAUCUUGAGGGUGAUCCAGCCCUCAUGUCGCGCAGCAGGCAAAGGUGGUGCCGGAGAUGCGAGGCAUUCAAGCCGCCAAGGGCGCAUCAUUGCAAAUCCUGUCAGAAGUGUAUUCCGAAGAUGGACCAUCACUGUCCUUGGACAAACAACUGUGUGUCUCAUUUUACAUACCCACAUUUCCUUCGGUUUGUCUUAUAUGCGGUUAUUUCGAUGAUCUAUCUUGAAAUCUUUUUAUAUGAUCGGGUAUCCAUUGUAUGGAGCAACAGAAAUUUACCUAUCUAUCUUGGCCCUUCUCUACGGCAAUUAGGGCAUUUGUUCUUACUCGUAAUGGUUAAUUCAAUGGUCCUUUUUGCCCUGUCUGUUUUGCUCCUGAGAACCAUCUGGAUGCUACUACAAAACCAGACUACAAUUGAAGGAUGGGAAAUUGAACGACAUCGAGCCUUAUUGCGGCGGGCUCGCGUGUUCGGAGGCUACCUUGACGGCCCGGAUGGUACUAAAGUUCGGAUUGAAAAGCAAGAGUUUCCAUUCGAUAUUGGAAUAUGGGAGAAUAUCCAAGCGGGUAUGGGAGGCAGUGCUAAUGUUCUAAGCUGGUUUUGGCCCUUCUCUAGGACUCCGCUUCCUGGCACUGGGCUAGAUUUUGAAAUCAACGGGCUUGAUGAUCCCUCUCUCUCCUGGCCACCUCCAGAUCCAGAUCGAAUGUACCGACAUGUUCUCCCCAGUGAAAACGACAACGUCAUGAUACUUGAUCAGCAGCAAAACUUCAGCCAAAACGCCAUUGAUGCGUUCAGGCGUCGACAAGAAUUAGAUUACAAGCGCCAUCAAUUGGACUUAGGUGUCCAGCGGCGUAAACCUUUCCAUGAGAGAUAUAUGCAAAAUAUAGAUGAUUCUAUAUCGGAUGGAAAUGACUCUAUAAAAGAUUAUUACUCGUCGGACAGCGGCGAAGAAGGGUGGCGGAAUUCGGAUGGAGAUCGAUUACGCGACUUUGGAGUUGACGAGGAAGCUGAAUUCUAUGACGAGGAUGAUAUUCCGUUGGCAGUUCUGAUUCAACGGAAAAAUCAGGCCAAGGAGAAAUCUCUCGCCGUUGGCGCCUGA